AUGCGUUGUCUGUAUAAGUCUGUGGAUAAGAUGCGCUGUUUGAGGAAGCGCUCCAUGCUCCCCCUGCUGGGCCUUCUGCUCACCUCCCUGCUGUUCCUCAACCUCUACAUGGAGGACGGAUACGUGCUGGAGGAGGACAAGCGUCAGUUGCGGGACACCACUCCUCACUCCCCCCACUCGGAGCGCUACGUCCACAGCUUCAGAGACCUCAGCAACUUCUCUGGGUCCAUCAACGUCACCUACAGAUACUUAGCAGGAACGCCAUUAACCAGAAAAAAAUACCUGACGAUCGGCCUCUCCUCGGUCAAACGAAAACGUGGGAACUACCUUCUGGAGACCAUCAAAUCCAUCUUCGAUCAGUCCAGCUACGAGGAGCUGAAGGAGAUCGUCGUGGUGGUGCAUUUGGCCGAUUUCGAUUUGGUUUGGUGCGAAUAUUUGGUCCAGGAAAUCACUCGGAAAUUCGCGCAUCACAUCAUCGCCGGGCGCUUACUGGUCAUCCAAGCUCCCGAGGAAUACUACCCAUCCCUGGACGGACUCAAACGGAACUACAAUGACCCCGAAGACCGAGUCCGAUUCCGCUCCAAACAGAACGUCGACUACGCAUUUCUGCUAAACUUUUGCACGAACUUAUCUGACUUUUACAUGAUGUUAGAAGACGAUGUGCGUUGCUCCAGAAAUUUCCUAACAGCGCUCAAAAAGGUCAUCACAUCUCGAGAAAAUUCCUAUUGGGUGACGCUGGAAUUUUCUAAACUGGGUUACAUCGGGAAGCUGUACCACUCGCGCGAUUUGCCACGGCUAGCACACUUUUUGCUAAUGUUCUACCAGGAAAUGCCGUGCGAUUGGUUGCUAAUACAUUUCCGCGGAUUGCUAGCUCAAAAAGACGUCAUCAGAUUCAAACCGUCGCUGUUCCAACACAUGGGGUACUACUCUUCGUACAAAGGAGCGGAAAACAAGCUAAAAGACGACGAUUUCGAAGAGGAUUCACUCGACAUUCCCGAUAACCCCCCCGCGAAUUUAUUCACGAAUAUUAACGUUUUCGAGAAUUACGAUGCCACGAAAGCUUACAGCACCGUGGACGAGUACUUUUGGGGGAAACCGCCAGCGACCGGCGAUUUUUUCAUGAUCGUUUUCAACAAAUCGACCAAAAUCAGCAAGAUCAAAAUCGCCACGGGAUCGGACGACAGGCAGAGCGAUAUCUUGCAUCAUGGAGCGUUGGAAGUUGGAGAGAAAUUGGUAGGGACUAAAAAAGGAAAACAGUGCUCAAGUUUUAUUACGAUCGGAGAGUUUAAGAAUGGAAAUGUGGAGGUACAGGACGUGGACCGGAAAAUCGCGUUCGAUAUUGAAUGCGUGAGGAUUGUUGUCACGGCGAAUCAAAAAGAAUGGAUUAUAAUUCGAAGUAUAAGUAUAUGGACGACACAACCUCCGAGCCAAUGA